UCAGCGGUGCACAGCUGAGUCCCUCAUCACCACAAUGGCGGGACUGCCGCCGUUGCUGCUCUCCUCUUGCCACAUCUGGCUCAUCUGCUUACUGGGCGUUACGUCGCUUGGUCGUGCUCAACUGGCGGGAGAUGGAGGAGUCUUCAACCCUGGACAGACAGCUCCUGGAGACGUGUCUGCAGCCCAGCAGCGCAGGUAUUUGUUAUAUGAUGUGAAUCCACCUGAAGGAUUUAACCUUCGGCGAGAUGUUUAUCUACGCAUGGCAUCCUUGAUGAAGAGUCUGCUAAAGAGUGAAGCUUGGGUACUGGUUCUUCCUCCCUGGGGGCAUCUCUACCACUGGCAAAGCACAGAUCUUGAACAAGUCCGCAUUCCAUGGAGCGCAUUCUUUGAUGUGCCCAGCCUAAACAAGAACAUCCCUGUUAUUGAAUAUGAGGAGUUCAUCGCAGAGUCAGGUGGACCAUUUAUACAGCAGAUUUACGUUCUGCAAGGAUAUGCAGAAGGCUGGACAGAGGGCCAAUGGGAAGAGAAGGUGGAUGAGCAGCCUUGCAUUGAGUCUCUUACAUAUGUGAACGACAAACAAGGAUUUUAUAGAGGUUGGUUUUGGGGUUACAAAGAGACAAGAGGCCUCGGUGUCGCCUGUGUGUCUGUUCAAGGUUCAGCCUCCAUCAUGGUACCAGUUUUGCUGAAAAACACCACAGCACAGUCUGUAAUGAUAGACAGAGCUGAGAACCUACUUCAUGACCACUACGCAGGGAAAAGUUACUGGGAUGCUCGGAGAAGCAUGGUUUUUGCCAAACAUCUGCGUAUAGUUGGGGAUGAGUUCAGGGCAAAGUAUCUAAACUCUACAGAUGAAUUGGACGACACUGUAUACAAUGAGGAUUGGACUAAGAUGAAGGUGAAGUUGGGCACUGCCAAAGGAGGCCCCUACUUGGCUGUGCAUUUGAGGAGGAAGGACUUUAUCUGGGGCCACAGGAAGGAUGUCCCAAGUAUCAAAGGAGCAGCCAAGAAGAUUCACAGCCUAAUGAAAGAACUAAAAUUGGACAAUGUGUUUGUAGCCACAGAUGCUGCUGAGGACGAGUUGAUGGAGCUGAAAAGCUUUCUCCCAAAGAUGAUUCGGUUUGAGCCAACCCGAGCAGAGCUCCAAUUAUACAAAGAUGGAGGAGUGGCCAUCAUUGACCAGUGGAUCUGCGCUCAUGCCAGAUUUUUCAUUGGAACUUCAGUGUCAACCUUUUCCUUCCGUAUCCAUGAGGAGCGCGAGAUUCUGGGUUUUGAGCCAAAAACUACUUACAACAGGCUGUGUGGUGACCAAGAGGAGGAAUGUGAGCAGCCAACCCACUGGAAGAUAGUCUACUGAGGGGGAUAAUGUUGUAAUGCCACUCAAUUACCUCAACUGAUCCAAAUUAUCCAGUUACAGGAGAAUCAGGCACCUUGACGUAAGAGGCCUUUUACAUCAUUUUCACGCAGCCUUCUGGUAAAGUUAACCCAACUCUGUUCAUGGCAUCAAUCCUUUUUGUGAUCCAUUGAGUCACCAGGAGAAAUCUCUUGCCAAGCAGUUCUGGGUAAUUCCACACAGAUGUGGAGGCAGCUUGAUGUCUCCUUUCUUCAGAUCCUGUGUAAAGGUCGUGUAAAACAAUCAUGAUUUUCAAUGGAACAUUAAUUACUGCCAGCUUGCACUUUACCUGUAAGAAAAUGCCUUCUCUUCCAACUCAUUAUCAUUCCAUCUCAGUAAGAUUAACACGAGGAAAUCUGCAGAUGCUGGAAUUUCAAGCAACACACAUAAAAGUUGCUGGUGAACACAGCAGGCCAGGCAGCAUCUCUAGGAAGAGGUACAGUUAACGUU